AUGAACCGCCCUGAGCUAGACUACUAUGCGGUCCUAGACCAGCCGAGGGGCGCCUCGAAGGAGCAAAUAACCCUGGCUUACCGCCGCCUGGCCAUUCGACUGUGCCCGCACCGCGACAAGAAGGACGAGCAGGACUUUGUGCCGCUGGCCCAGGAGGGUCGUCUCACCCAUCUUUCGCCCAUGGGCGAGCCAAGGCAGUGGGCCUACAUCAACAUGGCCUUCGAUGUGCUGGGCAACGACCUAUAUCGCGCCAUCUACGACCGCUAUGGUGAGGCAGGUCUGUUCGAGGGAGUGAUGCUGCCGAACGGCUACUUUCCGCCGUACCAGUACGAUGGCGACCACAUGCGGGUCUACGAGAGCGUCUUUGGCAGCUACUCUCCCUACGCCAAUGUCAUCGAUGCCAUAGCCAAUCCGCCGAGCCUUUAUGCCACCCGGCAACAAGGAAUCGGGGUGCGCUCCAAGGACGCGAGCACGGAACGGAUCAUUGAGCUAUCGCUGGAGGAAGUGCGCACCGGGUGCGUAAAGCUGAUGCACGUGUGGCGACAGGAGAUAGUGGACGCCAAAGAGUCGCGGCUGGAGAAGCGGAAGCACACCCUCAAGUUGAAUAUUGCCCCGGGAACCACGGCGGGAACCCGAUACUGCUUCAAGGAGGAGGGCGAUCGGUAUCCGGCUACCAUUCCGGGCGACAUUAUCUUCAUAGUAGCCGAUAAACCGCAUCCGGUUUUCGAACGGAGGAACCUGCACGAUCUGGUGUACCGGCAUACCAUUGACCUAAGCCAGGCCUUCACCGGCUUUACGUUUUUUGUUACCACGCUGGACAGACGCCUUCUUAAAGUGGUCAUCACGGAUGUAGUGCAGCCGGGCUACAUCAAAGUGAUUCCCCUCGAGGGGCUGCCCAAGUGCCGUAAUCUUGACGCGGUCACAGCCAUUAGAGAGGCCAAUAAGAAGGUGGAGCAAUUUGGGGACCUCAUCAUAGAAUUUAAUUAUAUUUUUCCGAAAUACUUGACUCCACAUAUGAAGCAUAUGACUCGCGAGUUUUUCCGCGAAUUCCGGAAGUUGGAAAUGGAGCUGGAGGAAGAGGAGCAGCGGAACAUGUUAUAAAAAAAGUGUCUUUAUAGUUAUUCUGCAUUGAAAACACUAGCAAUUGUGCGUACAGUGGAAACAUAUAAAUAAAUUUCGGGUUUUUAAUGAAA